UACAGCAGGGAUAGGGUUACCUGUGCCCUGAGCGCUGUGUCUGACACAGGGACAGUGACUAAUAAGCAACAGGCAUAUUGAUCCUAGAGAGAGAGAGACGGCUUGUGCAGUGGCAGUUGCAGCAGUCUUCAGGGACAUUUGGCAGUUGGGCAGAGGCCAUCUUAGAAGGACACAGAACAGCAACUUAGAGCAGAGCCAGCUGGUUGUGUGUGACAGGAGUGCUGCAUAGCUUAUGAAGAGCCAGCUUCUAUUUCCGGUGACUGGAGAUCAUCAUUGUAGCAGCCAAUUGGUAAUUUCGCCCUCCUGUGGGGAUCCCACUGCUUCCAGCGGUGCUUGAUUGCUGACAGGCAUCUGACAGAGCAGAACAGUGAUGGGCUCUACUGACUGUGUGGCUGGGAACUAGGCCAUGCAGCCUGCCCUCCCUUUUGAAGGACAGCCCUGGAGGUAGCCCUGCUUUGGAGUAACAGACGGUGGGAAGCGCAGAAACAGAGUCUUGCUGCAGCUGCAGACAGAGAUCAGCUCACAUUGAUUAAUUAAGGCCAACCUAACCCUUGUAACACAGCACAACUUACAACAGCCUGAUGGAAGAAGCAUCCAAGAUGGAAAAGAUAAAAUUCCGAUACAUUGUGCAAAUAUAUGGUAUUUGCAUUAACCCUAUUGGGAUUGUGAUGGAAUUCAUGGAAAAUGGGUCCCUAGAGAAGUUGAUCCCCACCCACAACCUAAGCUGGCAGUUAAAGUUCCGCUUCAUCCACGAAAUAGCUCUUGGAAUGAACUUUCUCCAUAUUAUGAAUCCUCCACUUCUCCAUCUAGAUCUAAAACCUGGAAAUAUUCUUCUGGAUGAGCAUUUGCAUGUGAAGAUUUCUGACUUUGGUCUCUCUAAAUGGAAAGAAAAUUCCACUCACAAGGAAUAUAUAGAAAGGUCAGCCAUCAAAGGAACCCUAAAUUACAUCCCUCCAGAGAUGUUCUUACAGAGCAGUCGAGUGGCUGGAACUAAAUAUGAUGUGUACAGCUACUCAAUUGUUAUCUGGGAGCUCCUGACUGAGAAGAAGCCAUUUGCAGGUAACAGCAUGAUGACUGUUAUAGUAAAAGUUGCAGCUGGCCAGCGGCCUCCCAUAGAGGACAUAACCGAUGAUGGUCCUGUUGAAUGUCAACAAAUGAUUGACUUAAUGAAGAGAUGUUGGGAUCAAAACCCCAAUAAAAGACCAUUUUUCUCUGAUAUCAUCGUUGAGUCCCACAUGUUGCUCUGUUUAUUACAAAGUCCUUUGCCAGAACAUGAUGGUGCAUGGUCCAAAGCUGAACAAGAUCUUAAGGCUUCAGCUGCAAUUUUCCUUAAUAUAAACAAUGAUAGCAACCAGCAACCAACAUCAUCAACAUCACUGAGCAGUGGAACAGAAAACCUGAUUAAUGAUAUUUUGGAAAACAACAAUGAAGAUGACAUUUCCUGGGUAGAUGAAAAUAAUUUCACCUUGCUUCAUUUUGCUGUUGCUCAAGGAAACCUUGAGAGAGUGAACCAUUUUCUCAGUCUGAAUGCUAAUGUAAAUAGCCGUACCAUUAGUGGAUACACACCUCUCAUCUUAGCCGUGCAAAGAAAACUACCAGACAUAUGUGCUUGUUUAAUAGAGAAUGGAGCAGAUGUUAAUAUAACCGAUGAAGACAAAUGGUCGCCAUUGCAUUUUGCAGCCCAAGGGGGUGAUGACCGCAUAGCUCGGAUGCUCUUAGACCAUGGAGCACAUGUUGAUGCAAAGGAACGAGAUGACUGGACACCUCUCCACCUGGCCUCCCAAAAUGGUUUUGAGAAUGUUGUCCGUGUCCUUUUCACGCGACUCGCUGACUCUAACUCUCAAGAAAUAGAUGGGAAAACAUCUCUCCAUGUAGCUUCUUAUUUUGGCCACUAUAAAAUUGUCAAGCUUCUGAUCAACCAAGGAGCUGAUCCAAACUGCAAACAGAAGAAUCACAUGACUCCCCUACACAUUGCAGCUGACAGAAGUUAUUAUCGAGUGGUGCAACAUUUGAUACAAAAGGGAGCUCAUGUAAACUAUUCUGAUAAAAGCCUUUAUACCCCUUUGCAUAUGGCAGCGGUGAAAGGUAACAGUUUAAUAUGUAAACAACUCAUAAAGCAUAAUGCCGAUGUCAAUGUGCAGACCAACCAGGGCUGGACUGCUUUGCACCUGGCAGUAUUUAAAGGCCACACUGACAUAAUACAUUUACUCAAGGACAGUGAUGCCCACUUAGAUGCUGCUGGACAUAUGACAUGGACACCACUCCAUUUAGCUGCGCGCUAUAAUGAAGAUUCAAUUACAUCCCUUCUUCUUGAUAUGGGUGCUGACCCAAAUGUUGCUGAGAUGUCAGGCUGGACACCACUUCAUCUCGCAGUUCAACAGGGUUCUUUUUGUAGUGUGAUUAAGCUAAUUGAAAAGAAUGCUCAUGUGGAUGCCCAAAAUAUAUUUGGCUGGACUCCUUUACAUGUGGCUGUCCUCAAUGCUAAUGCGGCUAUCCUAAAGACUCUUCUUCGGGCUAAUGCCAAAAAGAACAUAGAAGACAGAAGUGGUAGCACCCCAUUGCAACUGGCAAUCAGAAACCAAAAACAAAACAUUGUUGCUAUUUUGGAAAGUGGUACAGAUACAAGUAGUUCUUCCAGUGGCUCAACAGAAACAAGUGAGGACCUAGGACCGUAUCUGAAUUUCCAGAAAAAAUAAGACCUUCACAUGAAUAUGUAUUACCCUUGGAGACUAUGCACACAUUAGAAACUACAUUUAACUUUACAGUAUUUAUAGGAAACAUACUUAAGGCUUGUAGCUAUUUAUCGAUGAGAAUUUACUGUAAACACUUUCAGUGGCAGAUUAUAACACACUAGUGCAAAUAUGAACCUGCAAACAGAUACAUUUACAUUGGAAUUAAGAAGGUGAUGCAUAUUCUAAUGGACAAGGGAAAAUAUUGCUUUAUAUUCCUGUUGCUUGUAGUAUGGGGCCUGUAGUACGGGGCCUGCUGUAUAUUGUAACUUGUGGUGCAAACUGGACACUAGAAAACUGUGACUGUUUAAUGUAUGAUUGAAUGCGGCAUGGUGGGGUGGUGUGUGUGUGUGUGUGUGUGUGUGUG